AUGUUUGAAAUGCACUUAACGUGUGAAUAUUUUCACUCCUGGCAGGCUAGCACUGAUGCAGGGACAGCAGGUGCCCUGACCCCUCAGCAUGUCCGAGCUCAUUCCUCUCCAGCAUCACUGCAGCUGGGAGCUGUUUCUCCAGGGACACUUACACCCUCUGGAGUAGUGACUGGACCUGGAGCUCCAUCCUCUCAGCAUCUCCGCCAGUCUUCAUUUGAGAUCCCUGAUGAUGUACCUUUGCCACCAGGCUGGGAGAUGGCUAAGACACCGUCGGGACAGAGAUACUUUCUGAAUCACAUUGAUCAAACAACAACAUGGCAAGAUCCUAGGAAGGCCAUGCUUUCCCAGAUGAAUGUUACAGCUCCCACCAGUCCUUCUGUGCAGCAGAACCUAAUGAAUUCUGCAUCAGGCCCACUCCCCGAUGGAUGGGAACAAGCUAUGACCCAGGAUGGAGAAAUUUACUACAUAAACCAUAAGAACAAGACUACAUCUUGGCUAGACCCAAGGCUUGACCCACGCUUUGCCAUGAAUCAGCGAAUCAGCCAAAGUGCUCCAGUGAAACAGCCACCCCCUCUGGCUCCUCAGAGUCCCCAAGGUGGUGUGAUGGGUGGGAGUAGCUCUAAUCAACAACAACAAAUGAGACUUCAACAGCUACAGAUGGAGAAAGAAAGGCUGAGACUGAAGCAUCAAGAACUGCUUCGGCAGGCAUUGCGGAAUAACAAUCCCAGCACAGCAAAUUCUCCAAAACAUCAGGAAUUGGCUCUCCGUAGCCAGCUUCCAACAAUGGAACAAGACGGUGGAUCACAAAAUCCCGUGUCAUCUCCUGGAAUGUCUCAGGAACUGAGAACAAUGACUACAAAUAGUUCUGAUCCCUUUCUUAACAGUGGAACCUAUCACUCCAGAGACGAAAGCACAGAUAGUGGACUUAGUAUGAGCAGUUAUAGUGUACCCAGAACCCCCGAUGACUUCCUGAACAGUGUUGAUGAGAUGGAUACAGGUGACAGUAUCAGCCAAAGUAACAUACCGUCCCAUCAGAACCGUUUCCCAGACUACCUUGAAGCCAUUCCAGGGACGAAUGUGGACCUUGGGACACUGGAAGGAGAUGGGAUGAAUAUAGAAGGAGAAGAACUGAUGCCAAGUCUGCAAGAGGCUUUGAGCUCUGACAUCCUUAAUGACAUGGAAUCUGUCUUGGCAGCCACCAAGCUAGAUAAAGAGAGUUUUCUUACUUGGUUAUAGAGGCCUCAGGGAGACUGAAUUCUAAAUCUGUGAAGGAUCUAAGGAGAAUAGGACAUCUGUAUCUGAAGUUCAGAACAAGCCAAUGUGGUACACUUGGGCUUGUGUUCAGAAAAAGUAAAUGAACAAGUAUCCAACAAGAUUCUUUCGUUUUGCUCUUCCUUGUCCAUCGCUGCUGUUAUAUAUUGCUGACUUCUUUCCACAGUUGACUCUGAAGAACAGACAUCUUCUUGAUCUUUUUCUAUUGCUGUUCUAACUACUGUUCAAGGGGGGUAGGGAAGGAUGAUGAGCCUAUUUGGAUGACGAAUGCCAUUCCUUUUGUCCUAGUGUGCGCUUGCAUAUCAUUUUAUCUAAGCACUCAGAUUUGAGAAUUAAUUUCUGCAUGUCACUGCUUGUAGUUUGCUCAGCUAGUUGUCUCCUGCUGUCUGUGGCAAGUGGUAAAAAGUGACAUACUGGGGUGACAAGCCAAAAAUGAUGUAUCUGGUCAAAAGAAGUCAAUACUGAUUUGGAGAUACAAGUUAAAGGAAGGCUGAAGACUGUUUGGCAUUAAGUGUUUCCACUAGUAGUUAUUUCAUUAGUCACAAAGUGCUCUUGUUCAUAUUUUAUGUUAUAGUAAAUCAUGAGUCAUUUUACAUAGAAACAUAUAUGAACUUUGAUUGUUGCCACAUACACUAGCCUAACUUUUGUUUGUCAAAAAUAGUUUGAUUAUUUUUGUUAGUUGGUUUAACUGUAGCUGUAGAAUGGGAAGUAAUAAUAGGUGUUCUUUUUUUAAAAAAAUAGUGAAAUCUAAGCAUUUUUUUCUGAUUUCAUGUAGUCUUAUUUAAAUCUGAAUUGUCUGCUUUUUUUAUACUUAAAACAUGCCUAUUGUAGCCUGAUAAGCUAGUGAGUACAUAAACCGAUAUGUUUUGCCUGUAACUUUUUUAUUUUUUUAAAGGCUAGCUUUGAAUGUAAUCAUUAGAAUUCAUGACCAGUGGCUUAUUUUUCAUGUUUAUUUGCAAUAUUUUGAAUU